GGCGGCUCCCGGCGGCGGGGGCACCAUGGCGGGGCCCGGGGCCGCGGGGCGGCGCUUCUUCCGCUGCGCCUGCUUCUGCUCCGAGAACCUCUUCCUGCCCCGCUACCGGCUGCACGUGCACUACAGCGAGGAGCAGCAGCUGCGCCGAGACUACGGCCCGAUCCUUAAGAACCGUGGCUGUGUGAGUCCCGAGGACUUUGAGCAGGUGUUGGCUGAGCUUGAGAAGGAGGUCCAGCGGAGGAAGCAGCUGGUUCAGCGGGCUUCAGAGAGGAAAGCCACCAUUGCCCAAUACUACCUCCCAGUCCAGCCCCAGGUGUACGGCUUACAGGAGAGGUUUCUGGCCCCGGAGUUUCUGACUACUAUUCAGUACUGUGUGAGCCCAGGCGCUGACCUUCCAGGCCUCCUUCAGCGCAUCGAGACCUUGUCAGGCGAGAAGAUGAUAUACCGGCUGCCGGUCUUCACCCAGGAAUUCUGCCAGAUGCUGCUGCAGGAGCUGGAGAACUUUGAGCAGUCAGACAUGCCCAAAGGGCGGCCCAAUACCAUGAAUAGCCACGGGGUGCUGUUAGACGAGAUGGGUCUGGACAAGCCCUUGGUGAUUCCCCUCCGGGAGCGCUACUUGCAGCCCCUCACGGCCCUCCUGUACCCUGACUGUGGAGGUGGCCGACUGGACAGCCACCGUGCCUUUGUGGUGAAGUACAGCAUAAAUGAGGACCGAGACCUCAGCUGCCACUACGACAACGCCGAGGUCACCCUCAACGUCUCACUGAACAAGAACUUCUCUGAGGGCAACCUUUACUUUGGAGAUUUUCACCAGGUAUUGAGCAAUGAAGGCCAGUACGUGGAGGUGCCAAAUGUGCUGGGCCACGGGAUACUGCAUCGGGGCGGGCAGUUGCACGGGGCCCUGCCCCUGGAGUCUGGAGAGCGAUGGAACCUCAUUAUCUGGAUGAGGGCCUCUUCUGUCCGCAACCGGCUCUGUCCCAUGUGCAAGAAACCGCCCGAGCUGGUGGAGGACGAGGGAUUUGGGGACGGCUUCACCCGGGAAGAAGGGGAGCCCAGUACUGUGGAUGUUUGCGCCUUGACCUGAGUUCCCAGUCUCGUGCCUGGUGGCCCACCAGUCUGAAAGCUCUGCUGGCCCCUUCUAUGCGGCAGCAGCCAUGAUACCCCAAUCCCAAGCAGGAGCCCCGACUGGGCCCCAUCACUUAGAAGUGGUCCUUGAGAGUCAGUGAGGAUUGGGAUGGUGUGUGGGAAAAAUGGGCUUACAAAUUGUCCCCUGGGGGCCUGCCAAAAGCAAGGUACUGAUGGGAUCCCAGCUGUGGUGGAUGGGACAAUAAAACACCACUGCUUAACUACCA